AUGCAGCCAUGCCCAUGGACCGGACGUAGUUCCCUGUUCUGCGCUUUGCGGCCCUUGACUCGCUCUGCUGUACGACCAUUCACAACGACUUCUGUCCUUCAGCGGUCAAAGAAAUCAAGGAAACCCGACCCUCAGCAUGGACACCCAGUGCCACUCAAGAAAUCCCAUAAGUCACCGCUCAACAAUCAAUCGAUGGGAAAAGGCGUUCGACAGGAUAUCGCAACCGCAAAGGGAUUCGCACAAGUGGUGGAGGCCUCGCUUCGCGAUCUAAAGCACAGGUUGGAUCAAACCAUCGAUUCAGCGGAGGGAUGGACCCAAUUUGAACGUCAGACCCUGAACGCGGCCAAAAUGGAGGAUUCCAAGUUGAAAAACACAUGGAGUCCACUCCGGGCUACAAAGGUAGCGCUGCAGAAGGCAUACCUCGCGAAGGGAACGCAAGGGUUACGGGAAGAGUUGCAAUACAUGCUCUACGCAGACAGUCUUACUGCCAAGUUUUCGAUACCGGUAUUGGAAGCGCAAAAGCAAGCAACCGACCUUCGAUAUCCCGCUGAAUGGUAUCCGCGGGCACGAUCGAUCCAACGAACAGUCCACCUACACGUCGGGCCGACGAAUUCCGGCAAGACAUAUCGUGCCUUACAACGGCUGAAGAAUAGUAAAAAUGGCUUCUACGCAGGGCCAUUGAGGCUGCUUGCACAAGAAGUAUACCAUCGGUUCCAAUCCGAAGGUAUUCCCACUAGUCUUGUGACUGGAGAUGAUGUGAAGGUUCCCGAAGAUGAUGAAGUACCGCGCGUCGUGAGCAACACGGUAGAGAUGGUCAGUCUAGGUCAAGCCUACGAUGUUGGCGUUAUCGACGAAAUUCAGAUGAUCGCCAACACCGAACGAGGCUGGGCGUGGACUCGGGCUUUCCUAGGAUGCCAGGCCGAAGAACUGCACCUCUGCGGAGAGACCCGUGCCGUGCCAUUGAUUCGGGAGCUUUGUGCACUCACUGGAGAUAUCUUGGAAAUUCACCGCUAUGAUCGUCUGAACGGCCUGGAAGUGAUGACACACAGUCUGAAAGGUAAUCUUUUUAACCUUCAAAAGGGCGACUGUGUGGUCGUCUUCUCCCGAAAGGGCAUUCACGCCAUGAAAGCGAACAUCGAGAGGACUACGGGAAAACGUGCAGCUAUAGUUUACGGUGGUCUGCCGGCAGAGAUUCGGACCCAGCAAGCGAAUUUGUUCAACGACCCGGACAAUGAUUAUGAUUUCCUUGUGGCAAGUGAUGCUAUUGGUAUGGGCCUGAACUUGAGCUGCAAGCGUGUCGUUUUUGAGACCCUCGUUAAGCGUACUCCAACUGGUUUACAACGGCUCACUGUGCCUGAGAUCAAACAGAUCGGCGGACGCGCAGGUAGAUACCGCCCAGCCAAUGCCAAAGAUGGGAAAGAUGAUGGGGCCAAUGUGGGAUAUAUCACUUGCCUCGAAGAGGUUGACCUUCCUUAUAUUCAACAAGCCCUUAAACUGGAGCCUCCCCCUUUGACUGCUGCUGGAGUCAUUCCUCUGGAUACCGUCUACAUGAAGGUCGCUGCUUACUUCCCGACUGGUCUACCUAUCGAAUAUUUGAUCAAGCGAGUCCUGGAGCUUGCUCAAGUGGGCCCUCUAUUCUUCAUGUGCAAUCCCAAGAGUCAAUUAGAAAACGCUGAAAUUAUUGACACGGUGAAAGGACUUCAGAUUGAGGACCAGCUGAAAUUUAUGGCUUCCCCGAUGGACAACAACAACGACAGCUCACGAGAAACCACAGGUGCCUUUGCGGAUUGCGUGUCCCAUAAUGAGCUUGGACGACUGCUGGAUAUUCCCCAUCUUAACUUGGAAACUAUCGAACAACCUGUUUCUGGAAGCAAAGAAUACCUGCAUGAGCUGGAGACUCUCCACAAGGCCCUCAUUAUGUACCUAUGGCUGAGUUUCCGAUUUGGUGGCGUUUUCACCGAUCGAACUCUCGCCAGCCAUGUCAAGGAACUUGUCGAGGAACGUAUGGUUCGUGCAUUGACUGAAUUCUCUGCCAACAAGAAGAUUCGGAAGGGUGCUUCUCUGAAGCGACAGAUUGCGCUGCAGAAGCAGUUGCUGGAACAGGAGCGUCUUGGUGUCAAGGACUGGAUGGGUCCUGGUGGUGAAGCAGGAGAAAACUAUGAGGUUGCUCUGAAUGAAGAUGAUUCUUCCGAGGCUGUAUCCUGGGAGGGUGAAUCCCCAGAGAGCGCUUCUUCAGAGAAUGAAGACUCGCCAACUGAUCGCGAAUCUCUCAAGGAGUGA